UCAUCAAUUAUUCCUUUUCUUCCCCAAAUACGAAUUUGGCAGCAAUUAGAAAUUCUCUUUCUGCGUGCAUACUUUCAAUCGAUCAAACUCGCGAAGUGCAAUUAUGGUUUGCGAAAAGUGUGAGAAGAAGUUGUCCAAGGUAAUUGUGCCCGAUAAAUGGAAAGAAGGUGCCAGUAACACUACUGAAGGCGGCGGCCGUAAGAUUAACGAGAACAAACUCCUCUCCAAGAAAAAAAGGUGGACACCUUAUGGAAAUACAAAGUGCAUGAUUUGCAAGCAACAAGUGCAUCAAGAUGGCAAGUACUGUCAUACCUGUGCUUAUAGUAAAGGAGUAUGUGCAAUGUGCGGAAAGCAAGUUCUUGACACCAAGUUAUACAAACAGAGCAAUGUAUGAUGUGGACAUGAACGAUCUAACUUCGCUGUUACCUCAGCACUCUUAUUCUAGAGAACUGUUCUUUCUUUGUGAAUGCUAUCAAAUGUGACGAGAAGCAGUUAAUUCUGUAUAAUACUUAAAGAGCUGCAGUGAUUGAGGAGCGAGAAAUUGAUCUUUGGAAGCAUUAAUUUCAGUCAGUCUUCACUACCAAUCAAAAAAAAUAUAUAUAAAAAAAUCAGACAGUCUUCAUAAUUGAUUCUUUUGUGCUUUGGUCUCUCCUACCUUUUCCCCACUGUCUAUUGUAUUGACAAAAGGUUGGAUUGUCAUCGGUACGUAUCCUGAAAGGUUUAAGGGCAGUGCUCUUAGUUCUGUAACAAAUUUUGUGAAAAGUUGUGGCUUCUGAGCAACCCGGAUGGUUUGAAU